UGGAACCUGCGUCCUCAUGGAUGCUAGUCAGAUGUGUUAACAGCUGAGCCACAAUGGGAACUCCAUAUAUUUAUACAACUUUUUCCAGAAGUUAUAUGUUUGCCAUUAAGUUCCUAACUUAUUGCAAAUUAACACUAUUUUCUUCAUUGCUUAGAAUUACUGGUAAAUAGUACCAGGCUUUCCUGUAAAAUCAGUCCAGAAGAAUAGAUGGGAGUUUUUUUAAAUUUUAUUUUUUUAAUUACUCAAUGAAUUUAUCACACCUGUAGCUGUACGAUGAUCAUCACAAUCAAAUGAUAGGCAUUUUAUAUAGAUUUAUUAACUAGUUUUAAGUCUGGCUCAAAAUCACAGAAAAGCCUUUUUUAUUUCCCUCAUAUUUGGAAGAAGUCUGGUGGUACAGAGGUCAGGACUAGUCUGAUAACUUCAUGAUCCUCAAGGAACUGGAACCCUUUCAUCUUGCUAUGCUACCAUCCUUAGCAUGCCACUUCAUGGCCCAAUAGGGCUGCUCAAGCUCCAGCAGUCAUCAGUAUUCUAGCCAGAAGGAAAAAACAAGGAGUGAAAAAAGAGCCUGUCCUCUUCCCACAGUGAUUCAUCAGAAAUUUUACCCAGCACUUGAGCUUACAUCUCUUUUGCCAGAGCAUAGAUCUGUGGCCGUACCUAGCUGUAAGGAAGGCCAGGACAUGUAAUCUUUUUCCAGAAACUCAUACCAACUAAAAAUCAAACAUUCUAUUACUAAAGGGAUGGAGAGAAUGGACAUUGAGAUUGACAACUAAGUAUCUGUCAAAAGGUUUUUUAAGAUUCAAUGUACGAGUUUUUGAGGUUUGAUGGAGGCAGGUAAGAAGGAGUAGAACCUUCAAGCACCAGCUCUCACUGCUUAGCAUUUUGGUUAGAGCUAAAAGCUUGAUUCCUCACGAUUAGCUAUCUGAAUGCUAAAAAACACCCCGCCCUCUACACACCACAGAAAUGGGCUCAGCAGGCUUGCGUGGAAAAGAGAAAAAGUCAUCUUCCAUAUUGCAGGGAACUUCUGAGUGUCUCCACGGCCAAACAUAUCCACACCUUAUAUCUAAGCCAAUAAGCUUUACUGUUGCAGGUACGCGUCAACAAUGAAAAGCAUCACUUCGGAGUCUUGGUCGCCCUCACUUUUGUACUGUGUGUUGUUUGCAGGGAAAUGUCCACCGCAGGAUGCAGUCUCCGGCCCCAUCCUUAGAGAAUAUUACCGUAGAGAAAACUUUCCCCACAUGAUAAACAAAAGGAAAUGAGGAGUGUGAGUGCAGAAGUUGCUGUACCCACAAGGGAGCUGAUAGAGCAGGGGUGUAAUAGAAUCGACCAGGAGAGGGGGCUGAUAGAAUCGGAUAAGGAGAGCCUCAAGUUUCGGGCCUUCUCCGUGACUUGAUAAUGAAAUACAAAAGUAAACCUCCAUGCUUAUCCUUUGCACAUGUUGGUUGUCAAAUUGCUUUUCUAAAUUGAUUGUGUUCGACCUUGAUGGUUAAUAAAGUCUGGAAUUUUGUCCAAAUUAGAGUAAGAUUUCUCCCAGAAAGAAACUUGGAUAGUGGUCAGCCUGCUUGGUUUUUUGCCUCUGACCUAACUGCCCUAAGAUUCAGGCUCUGGCUUCCUCUGGCUCGGGGAUGAGGCGCACUGUCUCUGUCCGAGAUGGGGAAGGGCUUGUCCACCCAGCAGAGCUGCUCCUCGGGAUUCUUGUCCUCUCAGCUGGCACCUUACCAAGCCAGCCUCUGGGUAAGAAACUGCCUUUUUCUACUGUUCUUUCAUUUUGACCUCCUCGGGGAAAUCAGGCCUGCAGAAGUUGUCAGCCAGCCAUAGCAGAGCACAGAGCAGGCGCCUACAGCCCUGCAACUCCCUCCAGAAUCAGCAAAGGCGAUUGCAGAUAAACCGGGGCAGCAUGUGGGGCCCAUGUGGUGCAAAGCUCAAGAGGACUGGGCUUUAAAUCGACAGCAGCCCUUAAAAAACCCUUUGGGCGUAGGUUGCAUUCUGCGGAAGGGAGGGUUGGAAGGCAGGGAGAGUAUUUUCCUUUAGCAGCGGAAGGAGCUUCCCAAUAGCCAUCCUUCUUUGCUUUCUGCCUGGUUCAGUGCUUUCUCAGCAAGUUCUGGGGGAGCUGUGUCCUCAGGUCCUGAGAAGGGCUUGGGGCACGUCAGGACUUUAAACAGGCUGUAAAAGCAUUUCCUUCUCUGCAUUUCCCUUUCCUGCAGGCCUGCCCUGGUUUUUCAUGAUGUCAUCCAUUCAUCAUUGUGAGCUGAUUGGCUGUCCCAGGACUUGGCCAGCUGCCCAAGGCCAGGAGGGAAGAGAGAGAUCUCCGGACAAACGUGCUGCGGGCCCCUGAGCAUGUGCCGAAAUGUCAUCAGUUCCACAAAGAAAGACUUGGAACAAAUCAAAGAAGACGGUCAAAGUCACAAGAUCCUAUCCAACCUUCCCUUCCCUGAAUGCCUGGGAAGAAUUCAGGGGCCUCUUUCCUGUGGACGGGGAACCAAAUCCUGGAGUGGGCCUGGGUGUGGAGGAGGGACUGCUCUGCCAGAUGGUUCAUUCUCCAGAAUUCAGCCUGUUUCCUGAAUCAGUGAUGUUUGAAAGCAACUUUGUCCAGGUCAAAAAGGGCAGGAGCUGGGUAGACAUCUACAAAGCUUCCAAUACCAUGGCCCUUGGGGUGACCUCCUCCGUGCCCUGCCUGCCUCUUCCCAACAUCCUCCUCAUGGCCAGCGUCAAAUGGCACCAAGGGCAGAGCCAGACAUGGAACAGACCAUCUGCAGCCCCCAAGAUCAUCCUGAAGAGGAUUCUCCCACUGAAGUUUGUGGAGCUCCAGGUCUGCGACCGUCUUCAGCGCGUCCUGCGCUUGAGAACCGUCAUGGAGAAGAUCUACUACCUCAGGCUCCACCCCGACCAUCCUGAGACUGUCUUCCACUUCUGGAUCCGACUGGUUCAAAUUUUGCAGAAUGGCCUGUCCAUCACCACCAAAGACCCUAGAAUUCUUGUCACUCACUGCCUGGUGCCCAAGAACAGCUGCAGUCCCUCAGGAGACGCUAAGUUAGUACAGAAGAAACCCCAAGCCUCCCAGCCCAGCGAGAGCCUCAUGCAGCUGAUGGCCAAGGGCGAGAGUGAGGCCCUCUCUCAGAUUUUUGCCGACUUGCACCAGCACAACCAGUUCAGGAGCAGCAAAAAGACAGAGAACAAAAAGCACAGCUCAGAAAAAAACAGUCCCAGCGAAGAUUCCAUCCCUUGCACCCGCGACCUCAGUUGGAGGGAUUCGUUCACCUAUGGAGAGUGGGAAAGAGAGAAUCCCUCUGGGCCGCAGCCCCUCUCUCUCCUCAGCACUCUGGCAGCCUCCACGGGGCCACAGCUGUCCCCGAUCAUAGGAAGUUCUAUCUGAGCCUUGCACCCUGGGGAGAAUCUACACAGCCCUCGCCAACGCCACUCUGCAGCAUUCAGCUUUCUGAGGGACUCUAUCUGGUGGAGAGGAGAAAGCCACAACUAAGGAAGAACUAGAAUGAUCUCCUGAUGACAGCACAGCCUCUCCUGAGAGAACCACUUGAGAGCAUGGCUCCUGGAUGAGAAGCAUUGUUCCAGCACGUGACUUGGCGUCCUGUCUACUGCACCUCGCCUCCAUUCCACCCCCAGAGUGGGCACGAGAAGACGUGCUUGCAGAAGGGCCGGGACCGAGAGACGGAGAGAAGGAGGAGAGAGAAACAGGACCGGAGGAGAGGUGGAAGAGACCCAGACAGCGGCCCCAAAGUGGAAGGUGGAGGGAGGAAAUCAGAGAAGAGGGGAGAGGCAGGAAAGUGGUGACAGAAGGAAACAUAAGAGAAGACAAGCGAAGCACGCCGCUGAGAGAUGCCUCGCCACACUUUUAUUUCUCUAAUUCAAACUUGAAAGUAAGGUCAUAUUCCAAAAAAGAUAAGUGCUUUCUUCUCUGCUCAAACUAUUCUGGACAAGGAUGAGGGGCCAGAAAUGAAUUCCAGCCAAAGGCCUCUCCUUAAAUGUGCCUUUUUUGCCAAUGUUUCUUGUUACUCCCUCUUUUCUGAUUCAAGUUUUAGACCUUCGUCCAUCGUGCAUUCAUUCCCUAACUUGGACUUGCUAGUCCAGUCCUGCCAUUCCAAACAGAGGUGUGGGUUUGCAGCUGCAGAAAGGUUCCUGCAGGAGGUAGGAAGGCAGGGCGUGUGAGGUAGGGGGAGUUUGUUUUGUGUUCAAACUUCUAAGUUUGCUCAAUUUCUUUUGCAUGUGACAACCCCUUGAAAUAUUGGCCUGCCUUGCUAGAGCUUAUUAGAGAUUCCA